UCAAGAUGGCGGCCAAUUUAUGUGAACGCAAGGACGAGUAGAAAACUAUUUCGCGUUCUCAUGUUGAAAAUAUUGUUUUUAUAGUUAUAUUAUCAUAUAUAUCAUUCUUUUAACUAAGCGUAUGUGUUUAUGUGCUAUAUGUUAUGAGUUAUCGAUGUUUUUGAAGUCAUAUGUGCAAUAUUGCUAUACAAGGCAUAAAAAAUGUUCAGUGUUCAAUUGUGAUUAUUAUUUAUAUAGUGAUAGUUCUCCUUUGGGCGUAACGAUGCGUGUUAUUGGAUGAUAUUGGUGAUUUCUCUUUCGCUAGUAUGGAAAAAGCGAAAGCCUACAUAAAAAGCUCGUUGAAUACGAGCGGCGGGCCUAACCUUAGCCCGCCGGCGACCAACGGGAACGGAAAUAAUACUCCCGGGGCUGGGAAGUCACCAGUCUCACCUGCCCCUGCCGUCGCCUCCGCUAUGCCCGCCGUGCCCGCUGCACGCGACGCUGCCGACGAGCGCGUGUGCUUCGUGUGCGGUGGGAAUGGCUUCAGCGAUUACUUCACUAUACGGGUGAAGCCUGAUCCGCAGAGCAGCGAGCCUUACUUUCCGUUCCUGGGUGCGCACGCGGCGCCGGCCGGCUACCGCGCCGACGGCGACGAGGAGGGCACCGUUAAGUGCUGUUGCGUGUGUUAUACCUUCUUGAGAUCGCAAUGGGAGCAGUACGACAGAGAGAACAAACCUCACACGCAACGAUUCUACUGGAUGAAGAGGCUGGACGGGAAGCCCUUUAUUGGGGCCGACAUGUCCUUCCAAGGCGAGUACGCGGCCCAGGUGCUGGGUCUGGGUGCGGACGGGACCAACGCGCGGGACGGGGGAGACGCCCUUCCCAGCGCGCCGACCGCGCCGCCCACGCCCCGCCCCCUCCACGAACAGACCCCGAGGGCCAUCUCGCCCAAGAAAGAGCACGGCAAGUUCAACAAUGUCGGACGGACGUCGCAGACGCGCUUCGGCGCAGCCGGCGUGGAAGAGGAAGGCGUGCUGGACCUGCGGGCGAGGGACCCCUCCGUCAUCUCCGUGGGAUCUCAGCACUCUGGCACCUCGGAGCCGGCGGGCUAUCUCGACGCGGUCAGGUCGACCGUGUCCGUGUACUCGGGCAACUCGAACUCGAGCUCGGACAGAGACAUCUUGGACCUGUCGAUGCCGGACAAGAACUGCAUGACGGAGGUCUGCUACGUCUGCGGAGACGAGUACCGCCGAGGGGCUCUCGUCAAUCUGCACACCACUUCGCCCAAGGACAAGUGUAGCAAGCAGGCGUACUUCCCCAUCUUUGGCGAGCAGCACCCGCGGCCUCCUCGCUCCAGGCCCAAGGACGCCGCGGGGACCGUCCGCGCCUGCGCCGCCUGCCACACGCACCUCGUGCACCAGUGGAACUCCUACCAGAUGCGAGGCGUACCUCCCCACGAACGCGUCUACACUCUGCGGACGCGGCCGCCUUCCUUACUCCCACCUUCGCCCCUGAGUCUCGCCUCGAGCGGGGACAAGUCGGCCGCUCACGCGCAUUCCCCUUCCUUGGAGCGGCCGCCCAGUCAGACCACGGCCACGUUCGUGUGCUACGUGUGCGGUGUGUCGGCGCCCAGUUCCCAGCUCCGGCUGGUGUACUGCUGUCCCAACCCGGAGAGAGAACCCUACUACCCUUUUAUAUAUAACCUCAAACCUCACCCCGACGCGAGCCCUAUUAGUCCACAGGGAAUGGUGCAGAUCUGCGCGUCGUGCAACAAGAGCAUCCCGCACAAGCAUCCCGCCUUCAGCGAAAACGGAGAUGUCAACCUCAACAAUGCGCACACGAACAAUAAUAUUAGGUUUAAGCCGUACGAGAUGAAGAGCACGGGCGUGGCGACGAAGCGGCCGUCCAGUGCGCUAGCGGCCAGCCCUCACUCGCACUCGGUCAGCGGAGAGAACGGGUUGGGCCUGUACAGGUGCUACGUGUGCGCGGGACUGUUCCCGCAGCAGUCCAUGGAGUGGCUGUCGACGAGCGCCGAGUACAUGAACUCGCACGCCAUGCACUUUCCGUGCCUGGCCGUGUGCGGGGCGGGGGCGGGGCCGGGCGCCGGGGGGGCCGCGCCGCGGGGCGGGAGGGUGCUCUCCUGCUCGCGCUGCGUGCGCCACCUGGCCCGCCAAUGGGAGCUCAUGGACGCCGAGCGGGUGCCGCUGGAGCAUCGGCGCUACAACAUCCCGUCCCCCCUGCCGUCCAACUCCUCGGUGGGCGGCGAGAGGGUCAUCCCCACGCCGCCCUCCACCGCCUCGGACCGGACCGUGGCCAGCAAUAGCGCGUGCACGUCCAUCUACUGCUUCCUGUGCGGGCUGCAUUCGGACUUCACGUUGGCGCGGAUCCUGUACGGCCAGCCGCAGGGCAACGCGCCGUACUUUCCUUGCCUGCUCACGCAUCAGAGUCAUCCGAACGCGGAACAGCUGCGCGAGAACGGUUCCGCCCUAGUCUGCACCUUCUGUUACCAUUCCUUGCUCAGUCAGUGGAGGAGAUACGAAGAGAGCGGCAACUUCCCGGCAGAGAGACGCGCCUACAACACGCACGACUACCACUGCCACCUCUGCGCGGUCAAGACCUACAGGAAACGGGUGCGCGCCUUGCCCAUCAAGGAAUUUCCAUUCCUGAGCCAGAGGAGAACUGAAAAUUCGUUGUUGCUGGAGAACGGCGACUACGCCGUCGUGUGCUUGGACUGUUACGAGAGCUUGAGGACGCAGGCGCAGGACUACGAGCGCCGAGGCGUGCCCGUGGAGAAACGCGAGUACAACUGGCUGCAGCAGCCCCCGCCGCCCGAGGACAGCGCCGACGUCACCAUCGCCCGACUGCCCUCGGGAGACCGCUCCGACAAGCUGAUUCCGCAGUCCCUGGUGGUCGGUCGCGGCAAGCGCCACAGUCCCAGCGGGAAGCCUCCGCCCGAGCGCAGACCCACUCCCGCGCACCACAAGAUCGACAAGCACGACGCAGGUGUGAGCGCGAACAAAAUUGCCAAGCGGACGGAAUUGGCCGCAAAUAAGGGCGGUCCGUUUGCGGCGGCGUUACGCACGCUCGCCAAAAACGCCGGCCCAGAUUCUAAAGACGGAGCGGGCGGCGGACCGACGGGAGGGGAGCGGGACGCGGGCAAGGACAAGCCACCUCCGGCUCCGGCGAAGCGCGCCUCGCCACACCAUCUGCCGGCCUCCGGCUUCCAGCCCUAUCGCCCCGACGACAGACUGUCGCAUCCCGCGGCGUCGUUCCCUUUGCUGGAGCCGGCCACUUAUUCGCCCUACGCGCACCCGGGACUCUACUCCAGCGCCGCUUUGCAGUACAGGCUCGCGGCAGAGGAGCAAAUCUACCUGGAACGCAUGUUCAGGGGCGGAAUGGGCGUCGGUUGGCUCCCGCCCUAUCCCGCCUAUCCUCUCCUCGCCCCGCCUCUAUCCUUGGUGCAUCCGGGACACCCGGGUCACCCCGGACACCCCGGUCAUCCGGGACAUCCGGGCCACCCGGCGCAUCCGGGUCAUCCGGCGCACCAUCAGCACGCGGCACACGCGCACGCUCUGCACGACGAGAGGGAAAAGGAAAUAGCGCUGCAGAGGGAGAGGGAGCGGGAACGCGAACGGGAGAGGGAAAGGGAGAGAGAGCGAGAGCUGCGAGAAAAAGAAGCCCGGGAGCGAGAGAGAGCGGCGAGGGAGAAAGAGUCGCGCCGCGCCGCGGCCCCGCCUCCGCUGCUCUACCGGCCCUUCCGGCCUUACGAGCCCGACCCCGGUGAGCAGCCCACUUCCGCUCCGCAGUCGACGCAGCCCGCGCCGCAGCCCACCGCCGCAUCCGCCACGCAGCCCGCCGCGCUCUGACACACCGCCCGGGGCCCGGAGGGGGGCCGAUAGCGUCUCCUUCGCGUCCGCCGAAGCUUCAAUCCCUCCUCGUCUCGCUCACGCUCGGUUUCAAAUCGAAAUACGUCCCCGUGUAGGGAGCGCGAGGGAAGGGCGAGCGAUCGAACUCUCGUCGAGCGUCCGCACCCGAUCGGGUCCGCGUCCGAGACCUCGAGGGCGUUCGGUUCGUCUCGUCAGUUGUGAUAAAAGAGGAGAGCGGAGGUACAGAGGUAUCGUCCGAACUCGCCGAAAACGUGAUAGACUCACUCGACGUGGCCGGAGCCCACGUUCGACUUCAUCGCCCGGAGAGGGCGUUAUCAAACCGUUUAGGUGAUAACCAUAAAGGUACAAAAUUUAGUUAGAGAUUAAAAAAAUCUGUUCUUUUCGUGAAGUUUUCUUUCGAUGAAAAGAAAAGCUUGAAUUUCAAAAGACUUACACGUUAUAAACGUUCAAACGAUGAAAAAUGUUUAUAAAAUUACCGAAGACUUUUACUCUCGCGAUAAACUUCACACUUUACUAUAGAUUUAAACCGAUUCGAUGGAACGGUAAGGUCGUAUUAAAGAAAUAUUAAUUCCGCUACUCCUAUCCUAAUCUUUAUAAUUGUCUCUCGUCUCUCUCUGUCGAAUCGUGUUUGCGCUUCGACAGAAAGAGACAACCGAUAAACACCAACUCCCCGAACUCUUCUCGCGAGACGCCUCCAUUUAAUAUUGCCUUAUCGUUUUACGAGUCGACGAAGUGAAGAGAGCGAACGAAGCGAACUGCCAGGAGCAGCGCGCGUUUAGCGUGGCGCGUGCGCGUGCGCGGGCGGCGGCCGCGUCCUGUACUAUAUUGUAUCCCCGUUUACUAUGUUUUAUGUGUAAUCAUCGCUGUAUUUAAACACGUGUGUCGAGAGCCGUCGACCCGCCGUCUCGCCUGUGAAUGUUUGAAUCGAGACAAACUUUUGUACGUCGUACGAGUGAUUGAAAAUAUGUACUUACUGUGGACGAACGGAGUGAUCUCUGCUCCGCGGAGGCGGCGAGGGAAGAGAAAACGUCUUUUAUGUGUUCGGCUCGCGUUUUCCACCUCGGCGUGUCGCGACGUGUGAAGGCCUACGCUCGAAGUUCUCUCGGGACCCGGCGAACGUCCGCUCGUAAUUCGUUUGGCACGUUUGCGGAAACCCUUGUAAUAUUUAUUCACUGGACGCCGCCCCCGCACUUGUGAUACGCCGUGGGCGGCGCGACCGCGACUCCACCGGUGGUCGCCGAGGGACGAUCCUCUUUCUGUAUCGAUAGAUAGACUUUAUUAUUAAUUAUAGCUCGUAAUAGGUGUUCAAUACUUUUGUUUUCUUUUUGUAAGCGAAGCAUUUACCCUUGUAAAUAUAAAAUAGUUAGAUACGAUAUGGACAAUACCUAACAAGUGGAAAAGUAUGAUUUUAUUGAAAUACAUUCGGUGAAAUUGA